AGACGACUCCCAUCCCGUGCGUAAAGGUAUUGGGUAACUUUCUGACAGCGCGCAAACACAUUGGACACUACACACGCACUCGCUGACUCCAUUCCGCUGUACCUUGGCCCCUCGGAGGUGCAUGGCCCCACGUUCCCUUGUCUGAUGAUGAAUCCUACCCAGGGCUCGCCGUCCCGAGCCACCAAACCAGCGCCACAUAAAGAGGAGACCACGGACACGGAGGGAGAUGACUUCCAACCCAAAGACAUGACCACUGACAAAGGAUACAAACCCCAGCGGACCAGUCUUCCCUUUAGCGUUGAAUCGUUGAUAUCUAAAACGACCACGACCUGUCGGACUUCUUACACCCCUCCAGACCUGGGUCUAGUCCCGGUCAGACCCGUGGCGGGGCAGAGCCCGCAGUUUUCUCCGAGGACUUUUUACGCCGAGAGGAAAGUUUCUGGAGAGGGUUCACAGAACGCGUCCAGUAGUCCGCUCAGCGAUGAUUGUCCGCCGUUUGGUGAGAAAGACCAGAGCACUUGGUUCCACGGGUCCUCCUUCCCGACUCCUCCGCGAAGCGCCAGCCCAUCUACGUGCGCGUUAAGGAAGCACAAAAACAACCGAAAACCUCGAACCCCCUUCACUACCUCGCAGCUGCUGGCGCUGGAGCGCAAGUUCCGCCAGAAACAGUAUCUGUCCAUCGCGGAAAGAGCCGAGUUCUCCAACUCACUUAACUUGACGGAGACGCAGGUGAAGAUCUGGUUCCAGAACAGAAGGGCAAAGGCCAAAAGACUGCAGGAGGCCGAGUUGGAAAAGUAUAAAUUGGCCUCCAAGCCCGUCCUGCCUGCGUUUGCGCUCCCCUUUCCCCUCGGAGCGCAUCUCGGCUCUCCAUCGAUGUACGGACACUCCAACGCGUUCCAGCGGCCUACCCUGCCCGUCCCGGGACUAUUCGGUGGACCGGUCACUUAUGGGAUGUACUACUUGUCUUAAAUGGUCUUCCAAAGGGUUUAUUGAUGGUGGAAAUACAUGACCAUUUAGAAAUGUUUUUAGUGUAUUUGGAUGUUUGCAUUUACCUUGCGGAUGGCAGUUGGGAUGUAUUUCUGAAACUAUGUAGAGUGUAGAAAAUCAGUCAAAUAACCAAACGAACUCUGCUCCAUCCAAUUAUAUUUCGGUUAGGCCAAAUGUGUUAAGUUAUGGAUACACGGGCCUUAAUUAAUUGAAACAUAGUUCUCAGGUUAUUUCCACCAAGGCCUACAUGCCUUAAAUAUAGGCCUACAAUUGGAACCGAAAACGUAUUGGGCCUAACAACAGUCCAAAUUGCUACUCAUGAUUAAAUCUCAUUGUAUUACAUGAAUGUAAUAAUAAACUGUAUAUUAGGCCUAAUAGGCAUAUACGAGCAACAGAAAAGUACUUACAUGGACUUAGUGCCUUAUGACCAAUGUGCUUAAUAGAACAGGCGACCACCAGCUUUAUCCUAACUCAUUGACUGGCCUACGGAAGAAAUUCAGUUUUCAACAGCCUUAGUUUCGGGACUGUGUCCCGUGCAGACAUAUUUUUUUUAAUGAAAUAACCUGUCUGCCAAAUUUAUAGAAAAUAAUAAUAAUAAAUGAAAUAUAUAUUUUUUAGAAAGCGUAUUUAGAAUCCUAAUUUCUUACUAUCACAAGGUGGCCUUGAUGGGGAAGAUAUUGGAAGUAGCCUACUUUUGUCUAAAAGUUUCGGUUUGUAAAUAAAAAGUUGAGUGUUUGUAAGCCCUCUGACAUUGCUUGGGAAACACGAUUAAAAAUGGUAUUUAUUGAAUAUCUCUGUAUUUGUACUGUGUACAUACAUUCCUUAUCAAAGAAAUCCUCAGUUGCUUGCUAAAGUGAUUUUAAAAAUGUUUUUCAAAAAAUAAACAAGUGAAAUGUG